UGAUCGUCGUCGUCAAAGCCAUAGUCAUCUUGGAUGAUAGUUGCUUUUUAUAUUCCCCAUCUCAUCAUUUAUAGCCUUACAUUUCUACUCUUCUAGCCAAUCUUUCUAGCUUGAACAGACUUCAUAUCCAUUCUCAUAACAAAACCAAGUUCUUUAGUACUAACUAGAGGAAUUAAUUCCAAUAUUAUGGAAUUAGUUGAAGAAGUGGUGAUUGUGGGAGCUGGAAUAGCUGGACUUGCAACAUCUUUAGGGCUUCACAGGCUUGGAAUUCGAAGCUUAGUGUUGGAAUCAUCAGCCGGUUUGAGGGUCACAGGAUUUGCUUUCACAACAUGGACUAAUGCUUGGAGGGCAUUAGAUGCUGUUGGUAUAGGUCACUCUCUCCGACAACAACAUGGAUUCCUCGAAGGUGGAGAACAUGAGGUUCGUUGUGUGAGAAGAAAAUUGUUGCUGGAAGCCCUUGAAAAAGAACUCCCAGAUGGUACCAUAAGGUACUCCUCCAAGGUGGUUUCUAUUGAGGAAUCAGGCUACUUAAAGCUGGUGCAUCUUGCUGAUGAUACCAUCAUCAAAACCAAGGUAUUGAUUGGUUGUGAUGGGGUGAACUCAGUGGUGGCAAGAUUUAUAGGCUUCAAGAAGCCAGCUUUUGCCGGCCGAUCAGCUAUUCGGGGUUAUGCGGAUUUUAAGGUUAAUCAUGGCUUUGGCUCCAAGUUCCUGCUGUUAUUUGGCGAAGGGGUUCGAUCAGGUUUCCUCCCUUGUGAUGAUACAACUAUAUACUGGUUUUUCACUUACAUUCCCACUGGCCAGGACAAAGAGCUAGAGGAUAACCCCACCGAGAUUAAGCAAUUUGUGCUGAGCAAACUCGGAAAUGUACCUGAUCACGCUAGGACAUCUGUGGAAAUCACUGAGCUAGAUAGCAUCACUUCAUCUCCUUUAAGGUUUAGGCAUCCAUGGGAGGUUCUAUGGGGAAAUAUAAGUAAAGGCAAUGUUAGUGUAGCGGGUGAUGCUCUCCAUCCCAUGACACCAGAUAUUGGCCAGGGUGGGUGUGCUGCUUUAGAAGAUGGUGUUGUUCUAGCUAGGUGCCUCGCCGAGGCCUUGAAGGAGGAGUUAAAUGUGGAAGGUAAAGAGAAAGAGAGAGAAGAAUACAAGAGGGUUGAAAUGGGGUUGAAAAAAUACGCAGCGGAGAGGAGAUGGAGAAGUUUUGAGCUCAUAAGCACUGCUUAUAUUGUUGGUGCUAUACAACAAGGUGAUGGAAAAAUAAUGAAAAUCUUGAGAGAUGCAAUUAUGGCUAAAUUUCUUGCUGGAUUGCUACUAAAGAAAGCUGAUUUUGAUUGUGGAAAGCUCAAUAUUUCUUGAUCCUACUCUUGUCCUUGUAAUCCGUAAAAUCUCUUACUAUGAAUUAAGAUCCUGCCGUGUUUUUCUUUUUGUAAUUUUUCUUGAUGCAAUCGGUAAGCUUCGAAAUAAAGGUAAGCCUUUUUAUUUA